CACGGCACAUUAGCCUCAACUGACUAUCCCAUUCUCUUUCCAGAUUGGAAGGGACACAGGAGCCAGGUCAGCUUCGGCAUCCCUGGCUUCUUACCUACCUGCAUCACCUCACCAGCACAGUCACCAGCGUGGGCAAGGAAAUCAAGAUCUUGAACCAAAAGGGAUGAGGAAACUAAGAUCUUAGACUAAGUGAUUUAUUCAAAUCUCAAAGCAAGUAAGAACUGCUAGAACUGGAGCCGAAGUCAUCUGAUUCAUUUCAGGCUUUUCAGCCCAGUGCCAAGCUGUUGGAGCGAGGGAGCAAAGGUAAAGAAUGACGUAAUGCACUGGCUGCCCCAAAGCAUCUUUUGUUGUGGGAUGGUUAUUCCAGUCAUCUCUUUAUGAAUCAAAUGUGAGGGGCUGCUUUGUGGACGGAGUCCUUUGCAAGAGCACAUCAACGGAAAGAGAAAGAGACAUUCACUUGGAGGGCUUUUGCUGAAAAUGGGUUUAACUCUCCUUUUGCCAGUUACCACCAGCCUGACCUCAUACAUGUUAGUACAAUGGAGUGGCUGAGCCUUUGAGCACACCACCAUUACAUCAUCGUGGCAAAUUAAAGGAGGAGGUGGGAAAAGAGGACUUACUGUUGCCAUGGCCCAUGAGAUGAUUGGGACUCAAAUUGUUACUGAGAGCUUGGUGGCUCUGCUGGAAAGUGGGACGGAAAAAGUGCUGCUAAUUGAUAGCCGGCCAUUUGUGGAAUACAAUACAUCCCACAUUUUGGAAGCCAUUAAUAUCAACUGUUCCAAGCUUAUGAAGCGAAGGUUGCAACAGGACAAAGUGUUAAUUACAGAACUCAUCCAGCAUUCAGCAAAACAUAAGGUCGACAUUGAUUGCAGUCAGAAGGUUGUAGUUUACGAUCAGAGCUCCCAAGAUGUUGCCUCUCUGUCUUCAGACUGUUUUCUCACUGUACUUCUGGGUAAACUGGAGAAGUGCUUCAGCUCCGUCCACCUGCUUGCAGGUGGGUUUGCUGAGUUCUCCCGUUGUUUCCCUGGCCUCUGUGAAGGAAAAUCCACUCUAGUUCCUACCUGUAUUUCUCAGCCGUGCUUACCGGUUGCCAACAUUGGGCCAACCCGAAUUCUUCCCAAUCUUUAUCUUGGCUGCCAGGGAGAUGUCCUCAACAAGGAGCUGAUGCAACAGAAUGGGAUUGGUUAUGUGUUAAACGCCAGCAAUACCUGCCCAAAGCCUGACUUCAUCCCCGAGUCGCACUUCCUGCGUGUGCCUGUGAAUGAUAGCUUUUGUGAGAAAAUUUUGCCCUGGUUGGACAAAUCUGUAGAUUUCAUUGAGAAAGCAAAAGCCUCUAAUGGCUGUGUCCUGGUGCACUGUUUGGCUGGGAUCUCUCGCUCCGCCACCAUUGCUAUUGCCUACAUCAUGAAGAGGAUGGACAUGUCCUUAGAUGAAGCUUACAGAUUUGUGAAAGAAAAAAGACCUACUAUAUCUCCAAACUUUAAUUUUCUGGGCCAACUCCUGGACUAUGAGAAGAAGAUUAAGAACCAGACUGGAGCAUCAGGGCCAAAGAGCAAACUCAAGCUGCUGCACUGGGAGAAGCCAGGUGAGCCUGUCCCUGUAGCCUCAGAGGCUGGACAGAGGAGCGAGGUGUCCCGCAGUCCACCCUGUGCCGGCUCUGCUACCUCAGAGGCAGCAGGACAAAAGCCUGUGCUUCCCGCCAGUGUGUCCAGCGUACAGCCAUCACUAUUGGAGGACAGCCCCCUGGUACAGGCGCUCAAUGGGCUCCACCUGUCCUCGGACAAGCUGGAAGACAGCAAUAAGCUCAAGCGUUCCUUCUCUCUGGAUAUCAAAUCAGUUUCGUACUCAGCCAGUGUGGCAGCAUCCUUGCAUGGGUUCCCUGCAUCAGAAGAUGCUCUGGACUACUACAAACCUUCCGCCACUCUGGAUGGGCCCAGCAAGCUGUGCCAGUUCUCUCCAGUUGAGGAAGUAUCGGAGCAGACUCCAGAAGCCAGCCCAGAUAAGGAGGAGGCCAGCGUCCCUAAGAAGCCACAGACUGCCAGGCCUGCAGACAGCCAGAGCAAGCGAUUGCAUUCAGUAAGAACCAGCAACAGUGGUGCCACCCAGAGGUCCUUCUUAUCUCCACUGCAUCGGAGUGGGAGCGUGGAGGACAACUACCACACCAACUUCCUUUUUGGCCUUUCCACCAGCCAGCAACACCUUGCAAAGUCUGCCGCUGGGCUGGGCCUCAAGGGUUGGCACUCAGAUAUCUUGGCUCCCCAGACCUCCACCCCUUCCUUGACCAAUAGCUGGUAUUUUGCCACGGAGUCCUCUCACUUCUACUCAGCCUCAGCCAUCUACGGAGGCAGUGCCAGUUACUCUGCCUACAGCUGCAGCCAGCUGCCCACGUGCAGUGACCAAGUCUAUUCCGUGCGCAGGCGGCAGAAGCCGAGUGACAGAGCCGACUCGCGGCGGAGCUGGCAUGAGGAGAGUCCCUUUGAAAAGCAGUUUAAACGCAGAAGCUGCCAGAUGGAAUUUGGAGAGAGCAUCAUGUCAGAGAACAGGUCGCGGGAAGAACUGGGGAAAGUGGGCAGCCAGUCUAGCUUCUCAGGCAGCAUGGAAAUCAUUGAGGUCUCCUGAGAAGAAAGACACUCGUGACUCUGUUGACAGUUUUUUUCUUGUUCACAAAAAAUAUUCCCUGUAAAUCUGAAAUAUAUAUAUGUACAUACAUAUAUAUUUUUGGGAAAUGGAGCUAUGGUGUAAAAGCAAAAGAUGGGUCAACACAAUUGUUCUCAGCAUCUGCAUCUGAGAGACCAGCUAAUAUUUCUCUCAACAAAAGUGGAAGGGCAGAUGCUAGCGUUCCCCGUAGACGGAUAAAGCAGUUAGUUAUAUGCAGUGAAUUGCACAUCUUCUCGUUCUUACGGAGUCACGUUGUAUUUGGUGUUGGAGGGCAGAGUCCCCUUCCGUUUUCAUGUUGUGCUACAAGAUGUCAAGUUCUAGUCCUUGUCCCGUCCUCCCGUAGUGCACCUUAGCGCUGAGACUGAGCCAGCUUGUGGGUCGGUGGGCAGGCCCUCCUAGGGACAGACCCUAAUGGUAAAUCCAAGAGAAAUGAUCACGUCCCAAGCUGAUUCACAGAUCCAAGCUCACUGCACAGCCGAGUGGCUCGCGCAUCAUUCUCCUGUUCAGACCAUUAGGGGCCUUGCCAAGAUCUACUUUAGACAAACCCAGUACCUCAGACAGAAAGUCGGGGCUUUCACCACUACCACGUCUGGGAGCCCGUCUUCUCGGCAUUGUGAAUAGGCAGGUAGCUAGUCACACUUUUCAGACCAAUUCCAACUGCACAGAUUUCCAGUUGGGCCUGGAUGGUGGUAGUUAAUAUUUUCUCUCCUUCUUCUCAGCUUUAUGAAGAGAAGGGAACCCAUCUAGGAUUCAGUGCAACAGCCAGGAAUCUGGCAGCAUAAUGAUUUAAGCUAAGUUGGGAGGCUAAACAAGUCUACCUCCCUCUUUAUAAAUCAAAGAACUGUUCAAAAUGGGGUUGGUACUCCUUUAAGGAAAGAUUAACUUGGUCCAAAGCCAGAUGUGAAUUCACUUGGCUUGGUAGCAGAGCAGCAGCACCUUCUGAUUCUCAGCCAGAGCAGGUGCUUUUCACUUGUUCCACUGCACGGGUACAUUUUGUGAAAGUGUGGCCUUUUAAGGGAAACUACCAAGAGGGAGAAAAACUAUAGAAAGAUUGAAGACGUUUGUACGGUUGCUGAGGAGAAGCAGGAAAUGUAUUUCUCAGUGGUUAUUUUCCCCCUUAGCAUGUGAGAAGGGUGGUAUUUCUAUAAUUCCCUUAGACUUUCAGAUUUACUAAUCGGGCCGAGGACGGCUUUAGUAAGCAAGGAAUGUUCAGAAUAAAACCAUAUAGGGAGGUGAGGAGAAAGUGGUUGAAUUUUGUUUCGUUGUGAGCUGAGUGGAAAGCCAUAGUCAAGCUAUUCUCAGAAAAUAUCCCCAACAUUUCUUUCGUAGAAGGGACCUACAGCAAUGGGUGGGACCAAGGUGCUUUCUCAGUCCUUGACCUACAAUCACUAUGGAAUCAAUCCUGGCAGCUGAAAGUAGGAGGCGCUGAGGACAAGUACACGAGUGAUAGUACAUCCCUGCUUUUAAACGUCCUGGCUUAGGUUUUUGUCAGCUGCAAUAUGGUCCUCCUUUGAAGCCUUAAUUCACGUCAGCAGCUUUUUGGGGAAGGGGGUGUGUUAUCAUUGUUCUUUACUGUAAGUGUAGCUACUUGCUGACUCAUAUCUCAGGUUUUUCUGUGUUUGAGAAAUGGACAGUCUUUUGACUAGGAUGUGACUUAGUGUUUCCUAUGGUGACUGCUAAAACCAGCAUAGAAUGACAUGAUUUAAAACUGACUUGAUCAUAACAAUUAACACGACUGUUUGUGCACAGAUAAUGUGCUAUGAUGUGGGUUUAAAAUGAAGGCAGGAGAAUAAAUUGCAUAGGGAGUGGGUGCAUUGUUACCAUAUUGAAAAAGUUCUGUUAAAUCAUCUGAGUUAGUUUUUCUUAUACUUUUACAUUUUGGGUGUAAUCAGACAUUCUCAAGGUUUUACACAGUAAUUUUUGAUGUGUUAUGUAUACACACACAGAUGUGUAACAGAGUUUGGUCACAACUGUUGAACAUUUUUAAGAAAUGAAAGCAAUAGUUCCAAUGUUAAGUAUGUUUCAGGAGGGUUAGGGCACUUGGUUUAGAUAUCUGGGCAGAAAUUUGCUGUCUAUCAUGGGAUUUCUCAUGACCAUGGUCCCCUUCCUUCUUGUGACUGUGAUGUAGUCAUACACUACAACCUUUAGUUCUUGAUCAUUAAUGUCAAAUCAUCAGUUCUUGGAAUCAAGACUACCAUGCUGAGGGGGCAGCCUGAGAGGCAGUCCUGGAGCUACGUGGGCGUCUGCAGACGGUGUGGUGGCGGGCUCUCCUCAGCAUAUGAUCCUCUGGAAGCCUGGAGUCUACUAGGAUGAUAAAGAACAGUGAUUUUAAAGAGCAAAACUAGACUAUGUGAGAAAUGCUGGGAAAUGGUUCAGGACAUUUGUAAAGUGAGGUGGAAAGACUGUAUAAAUGUUUAAUAUGAAUAUAGUGUUCUUUUGGAGUAAGGCAAGCUGUUGAAUGGUUAAAUUGUGCAUUUCUCAUGUUGAUGUGUCAUGUGUGUUAAUACGAUGAAAUAAAAUCAAAACUGGUACCUGUUUAUACAUAAA